UACACACUGCAGCCAGCCAGAAACUGUUGAGCAUGUUUUACUGCUUUGCAGGAAAUAUAGUACUCAGAGAAAUGUGCUUUUCCAGACACUGAAGGAAGCAACAUUCCAUGACUUGUCGCUAUCAGGGCUGUUAGGGAAAACAUCAGGCAAUAUAUAUUGUGAGAUUAUUAAAUUUCUAAGAGAAACUCCAGUCCAGUUGGUGGCGGUAAUGCGCCUACAAGUUGGUUUGCCAACCGCCAAUAAACACGAAAGAAGAAGAAGAAGAAGAAGAAGAAGAAGAACAAGACAAAAAAAGAGGAUUAAACACAUGCAGAGGACAUCUGAUGAGCAGCAUGGAGGAGAAGAAAGAGACCCCUGGAGCUCAGAAACCAAAAGGAAGAGAGAGACGUCACAGCUGUCAGCAAUGUGACAAAUCCUUCACAACAUCUGUAACUUUAAAGCGCCACCUGCGUAUUCACACAGGAGAAAAACCGUACAGCUGUGAAGAGUGUGGGACAACUUUCACUCAAUCAGGUGCUCUCAAAUUACAUCAACGUAUUCACACAGAAGAAAAACCGUACAGCUGUGAAGAGUGUGGGAUAACUUUCACUCAUUCAAGUAGUCUGAAAAGACAUCAACGUAUUCAUACUGGAGAAAAACCUUACAGCUGUGAAGAGUGUGGGAAAACUUUCACUACAUCAGCGAGUCUGCAGCUGCAGUGUGAUAAGAAGCAGAUCACGGCUCCCCUCGGGUCAGACUUCCUGCUCUCCUGCAGCUAUGAGAACCAGCUGCUCAGCAACAAGUACUGGUGCCGAGGAGAGUCCAGGAGGACCUGCGAGGUGCUGGUGGACUCGGAGGGGAAGACCAGAAGCACCCGGGUUCACAUCGUGGAUGCUCGGAGUAGAGGACUGUUUGUGAGGGUCUUAGAUCUGCAGAAGGGGGACAGCGGGGUCUACUGGGUCGGGAUCGACAGGCCUUAUGCUGACAUCAUGACGUCAGUGAGGGUGGUCGUCACUGAAGGUGAGAAUACACACUGCAGGUGGAGAGGGUUCAAUAUUGAACUAACAGGUAUCACCAUGAAACCCCCGUGCCCGGUGUGCCAGUCAGCAGACGCACAGGAUCACUCCGAUGUAAUAAACUUGCCUUGCCUUAAGUUAUGAAGUUAUAGAAGCCUUAUCAAGAAGAAAGAAUACCGUCGUUUGUUAUUUGAUAUGAGUUUUUCCUCUUUGUUUUGAAUAUUGUAAAGGCCUCUUUUCUUUGUUGCUUGUGUAAAAGUUUGUUAUUUUAUUUUGUUCAAACACAUCGCAACUUCAUCCAAACCAUCGGAGGCCGAGUAACUCUUCAACUGUAAGUAAUAUAAAGGAAAGAAAACGAGUUAGAAGUGUCUGUUUAGGCGUCUAGUGGCUUGAUAGAAAAACAAGGAAUGAAGCCAUGACAAUCUUUCUAGUCGGACCCAUUAGAGCGUAAAAAGUGUAACUAUAAGUAUCUGAAAUAAAUAUGUACUGAAAGAAUAACUGUAUGCAUUGUUUCUUAUGCGCAAUUACUUCAUACUGUCUUUGUCUUUCUCGUCCUGCAUUUAUUGGCCCCCCUCAGAAAAUAACUGGCCCCCCAGUCAGAAUAUAGCAUGGUGAUGAAGUUGGUCCUAUAACCUGUAACCUUUAACCUGAUUAGGCGUUCUCUGUCAGAUUCAACAACUUCAGUCUAAUGCAAAAAUAAAUACAUUUAUGUCAUCAAGUUUUUUUAUUUAGCACAUUUUAACAAGGCAUAAAUAAAUCAAUAAGAUAUGGUGCAAAGGAAGCAUCUUAUACAACUACAUUUAAAUGCAGUAAAGAAAAAGCCAAUACAAAUUAAAACAAGAUGAAUUGGAAUAACAAAAGGUUGCCCUGCUCUCCUCUGUGUUUCAGUCCCGGUCUCUAAGCCCCGCCUCCAGACCUGUUCUCCCUGAUGGAGGGCUCCACCUGUCGGGGGGGUCCGGUGACGGUGAGAUGUGUGUGUUCACGGGGGAUCGCGGUCCGUUACUCCUGGUUCCGAUACACACACCCCGA